CAUACCUUGCCCUUCCUUUUCUUACAUGUAUGUAAUAAAAAGGGUGGAAUGUUAGGCCUAAAGAACUCACCGUCCCCAAACUUUCAUCCAAACUUCCUAUAAAACACACCACUCUCUCCUUCCUAGGGGUGUAUUAAGCACCUAGCCUUUGCCAGGCCCCUAGGGAGAUAAGAGAAUGAAACCCAUAAGGGGAACUUACUUUCAGUGUCCCUGAUAAGGACUAUUCUUAUGCCUCCAGGUUGUUCCCUAGGGAGAUAUAUGAAUGGAAUGCAAGAGAGGAAAUUACUUUCCAUAUCCCUCCUGGUUGUUUGAAAAGAAUUUAUUUACUCCCCCCCCCCCCAAAAAAAAAACCCUCUAUAAAACCCAAGGCUUUCCCCUUUUCUCUCGUGGAUACCUUUUUCAUCUUCCACCCAUAUGCACCCAGAUGCUCAAAGUAAACAGCAUUUUGCUACAUAUGAGGCUUCCUGUGUCUUCCUCUUUCCUCCAGGCCUAACACUAGGAUUACAGGUGUGAGCCACUGCGCCUGGCCCAAAACUUGAAAUUUUAAAAUACUUACCAUUACAGGUUCUAAUUUUCAAUAUACAUAUCAUUCAUAAUGGAUUUAACAUUACAUACAAGGUUAAAAGCGAAUGGCCUCCAGGCAGGGCUCCAUCCCUGCGGGAAGAGGAACCCUGGUUGCAGCUUUGAAUAGGUGGGAUCUCAUUAGCUGUUACUCAGGGCAUCAUGGGGAGGGGCACAGUAUUUUAUCCAAUGAGGAGCGCUGGGAUGAGAACUGUCCAAUCAGACUCCAAGCGGAAGAGGAAGGGGCGGCUUCUACCUUCUGGCCGGCUUUAGGCUUUCUCGUCAGCCCGCCAAGUUCAAUCUGUGUUUCCUACUCCUGCUCCUGUCUGGAAGGUGCAGGUUUUUCCGCCGCAGCCUCUGCCGCCCCGUGACCUUCAGGAACUGCAAGAUCUGUCGGCAGGAUGCCGGGACAACACGGAAGGCAGAAAAUUAUUCUGCCACCAGAUCCUGUUUACACCAGGGACCCCUCCCACAACUAUGGCAGCAGCUCACUGGACAAGAUCUGGAAAAUUCAGAGGGCUCACUCCAAAAAUGUGACUUUAAGAUAUCUAUGUUGAUCUCUCUCAAUGCAGAAAAUGUCUCCCCUGGGUUCUCUGCAUAUGCUCCGUCCAACAUCUGGCUCUGUCGUGUCAAUCCCAGGAACUGUUGACAUUCAGGGAUGUGGCCAUAGACUUCUCUCCAGAGGAGUGGGAAUACCUGGACACUGCUCAGCAGAAUUUGUAUAGGGAUGUGAUGUUGGAGACCUACAGAAACCUGGUCUCUGUGGAACUUGCUGUCUCUAAGCUGGACCUGGUCACCUUUUUGAAACAAAUGAAAGAGUCCUGGAAUGUGAAGAGAGAGGACACAGUAGCCCAACACCCAGCACUACAUAUUAAAGGAAGCAAUAAGCAUGCUUUUCAAAGCCCUAGAGAAACCCAGGACAUUCGAUAUAGGAUUGGAUUAAGUGUUCAGUCAAAUAUUUCUGAAGAUCUGAGAUUGAAAAUUGAAGAGGAUAUUUCCAAAUGUGAUCAAUUUGAUGAGUCCUUCAUUAAAACUUUAUUAUUCUUCCACCAACCAAUGAUAUCAUCAAAUGCCAAAAUUAACAACCAUGAUCAGUAUAGUAAGGUGUUAACCCAAUCAUCAUUGCUUAAUCAAUACCAGGAAAUAAAUAAUUGGGACAAACAUUAUAUGUUAAAAAAAACUUUGAUGUCCUUUAUCCAGAACCUUACCCUAAAUAACUACCAGAAUAAUUAUAUUGGUGAGAGAAAUUGUCAAUGUAGUAAACCUGAAAAAAACUUGAGCCAAGUCUCAUGUUCUAGAAAAUAUCAGAACGGUCAGUAUCCAGAGAUCCAGUGCAAAUGUAAAACAUGUGGGAAAGUUUUUCAUCAUUGUUUAAAGGGCAUUAGCCGUGAAGAUACCCAUAUUCAAGGAUAUUCCUACAAAUGUAAUGAAUGUGUAGAAGCUUUUGCCCAGUUAGGAAAACAUUCUGAACAUCAGGGAAUUCAUACCAAAGAAGACUCGUGCAGAUAUAAGAAAUGUGAGAUAGUCUCUAGUCAGUCAUCCAAUUUAAGAAAACAGAACAUAAUCCAUCCUGAAGAAAACCUCUCCAGUAAAGAAUGUGGCAAAAGCUUUAACCAAAGGUCACAGCUUAAACACCAGAAAAUUUAUACUAAGAAGAAAUCCUACAAAUGUAAAGAAUGUGGAAAAGCCUUUACUCAGUUUUCAAUCCUUAGACAACAUAAGAUAAUUCAUACUAAAGAAAAGCCCCACAAAUGUAAUGAAUGUGGCAAAGCCUUUAACUGUAGUUCACACCUUAUUCGGCAUCAAAGAAUUCAUACUGGAGAAAAACCCUACAAAUGUGAAGAAUGUGGCAUAUCUUUUUCCCAGUCAGGAAACCUUAUAAAACACCAAAGAAUUCAUACUGGAGAGAAACCCUACAAAUGUAAAGAAUGUGGCAUGUUCUUUGCUCAAUUUUCAAGCCUGAGACAACAUCAGAGAAUUCAUACUGGAGAGAAACCCUACAAAUGUGAAGCAUGUGGCAAAGCUUUCAACAGAAAUUCAAACCUUACUGAACACCAGAGCAUUCAUACUGGAGAGAAACGCUACAGAUGUGAAGAAUGUGGGAAAGGCUUUUACCGUAUUUCACAACUUACCCAACACCAGAGGAUUCAUACUGGAGAGAAACCCUACAAAUGUGAAGAAUGUGGCAAAGCUUUCAGGUGUCGUUCAAGCCUUAUUGAGCACCAGAGAAUUCAUACUGGAGAGAAACCCUAUAAAUGUGAAGAAUGUGGCAAAGCUUUUAGCUGUCAUUCAAGCCUUGCUCGGCAUCUGAAAAUUCAUACUGGAGAAAAACCCUAUAAUUGUGAAGAAUGUGGCAAAGCAUUUAACUGUCGUUCUACCCUUAAUCGACAUCAGAAAAUUCAUAAUGGAUAGAAACCUUACACAUGUGAAGAAUGUGGGAAAGCUAUUAACUGUCAUUCAAGACUUACUCAA